CCCGUCCCGGAAGUGCUGCAGCCCCCGUCUCGCUGCCGCGACAUGGAGCCGCUGCCAGCCUGGUGGGUCCCACAGGUACUGUCGAGCGCAGAGGAGAUAGCGGAGCUGUACCGGGAGGUGAGCCAGCACCCACGGCUCCGCACUGCCUGCCUUGGCCCCGACAUCACCACCCAGUAUGGGGGCAAGUACUGCAGCCUCUACACUGAGUGGUCACAGCGGGACCUGGCACGGACCGAGAACAUCAGGUUCUGCCGCCAGUACCUGAUCUUCCACGACGGGGCCUCUGUUGUCUACUCAGGGCCUGCUGGCACCUGCUCUGAGAUCAAGGAUGAGCUGCUGAGCCAGGAGUCCCCCAGCGGAGCACUGAAGGCUGUCCUACGCAAGGUCCCCGGCAAGGAGAAGGAGAAGGAGAAGCAGUUCCUAGAGGUCUGGGAUCAGAACCGCAAGGUGAAGAGCAUCAACCUGACAGCACUGGACAAGCACGGCAGCAUCUAUGACAAUGACCAGUUUGGCUGCCUGGCCUGGUCACACUCGGAGACCCACCUGGUCUAUGUGGCGGAGAGGAAGCGUCCCAAGGCCGAGUCCUUCUUCCAGAGCAAAGCCUCCGAGCUGGGCGCCUCUGAAAAUAACAUGCAGCACCCUGAGGAGGAUGCCAUACCCCUCAAGGGUGAGCAGUUCGUGUACCGCGAGGACUGGGGAGAAGCGCUGAGCACCCGCAGCGUGCCCGUCCUCUGCAUCCUAGACAUUGAGGGCAGCAGCGUCUCAGUGCUGGAGGGCAUCCCGGAGCACCUCUCUCCUGGCCAGGCGUUCUGGUCCCCCGGUGACACCGGCGUGGUGUUUGUGGGCUGGUGGCAUGAGCCCUUCCGUCUGGGGUUGCGGCACUGCACCAACCGCCGGUCAGCGCUCUUCUACACGGACCUGACAGGUGGAGGAUGCAAGCUGCUCUCUGAGGACACCAGGGCCGUGUGGUCCCCAAGGCUUAGCCCUGACUGCUGCCGUAUUGUCUACCUGGAGAACAAUGCCCUGGGGCCCCACCAGCAGUGCAGCCGCCUUCGCAUGUACGACUGGUACACCAGGCACACCACCACAGUGCUGGAGGCCGUGCCGCGGCAGGUGUGGGGCACCUUCCCGGGCAUCUACUGUGACGCUUUGCCGGGGCUGUGCUGGGCGGCUGACAGCCGCAGGCUCGUGCUGGAUACGGCCCAGCGCAGCCAGCAGGACUUGUUCGUGGUGGACACGGGGACGGGUGCCACGACGUCCCUGACAGCUGAUGCCCCCCAGGGAAGCUGGUCUGUCCUCACUAUCAACCGGGAUAUCUUGGUGGCCAGGUUCUCCACCCCUAGCUGCCCCCCCACACUGAAAGUGGCUGUCCUGCCUGAAUCUGGCUGGGAGGCGCAGGUGCAGUGGGUCUGCCUGCAGGAUGCGCCCCCUGUGCCUGGCAUCAGCUGGGGCAUCCGUACCCUGCAGCCCCCCCCAGAGCAGGAGCACCCCCAGUAUGGGGGCCUGGACUUUGAUGCCAUCCUGCUGCGCCCAAGUGAAGGCUCUGCUGCCCAGAAGCCCCCCUUGGUCGUGAUGCCCCAUGGGGGUCCCCAUUCCGUCUUCACAGCUGAAUGGAUGCUGUACCCAGCGGCGCUCUGCCGUAUGGGCUUCGCUGUGCUUCUGGUGAAUUACCGUGGCUCGCUGGGCUUUGGCCAGGACAGUGUGGCCUCCCUGCCAGGCAACGUGGGCACACAGGAUGUGUGCGAUGUGCAGUUCUGUGUGGAGCGGGUGCUGCAGGAGGAGUCCCUGGACACCACCCGGGUGGCACUUGUGGGUGGCUCACAUGGAGGCUUUCUGGCAUGCCACCUCCUUGGCCAGUUCCCCAACACCUACCACGCCUGUGUAGUCCGCAACCCCGUGGUGAACAUUGCCUCCAUGGUGUCCGCCACUGACAUCCCUGACUGGUGCCUCACGGAGACAGGUCUGCCCUACACGCCUGACACCCUGCCAGACCCAGCCCAGUGGACGGAGAUGCUGUGCAAGUCACCUAUACACUACGUCAACCAGGUCCGUGCGCCCGUGCUGCUGAUGCUGGGGGAGGACGACCGGCGUGUGCCCCCCACGCAGGGGCUGGAGUAUUACCGUGCCCUCAAGGCACGGGGGGUCCCCACGCGGCUGCUCUGGUACCCAGGGAACAACCAUGCGCUGGCUGGCGUCGAGGCUGAAGCCGACGGCUUCAUGAAUAUGGCACUGUGGCUGCUCAAGCACCUGCAGUGCUAACAACCCCCCACCGCUGCCACCCCGCAAUAAAUGAUGUAGCUCAGCA